ACACACAACACACUCACGCUCACGCUCACACAGACACCCCUCCCGGUCCAACCCCACCAUGGCUGACACCUGCUGCACAAGGACUUGCGUGAUUGCUGCAUCCACCACAUCUGUCUGCUCCAGUAAUUUGAGUUGUGGCAACCGGAUAUGCUCUCCCAGCACCUGCCUAGGUGCCUCAUGGCAGGCAGACAAUUGUCAGGAGAGCUACUGUGAGCCCCCAUGCUGUGCCCCCAGCUGUUGCCAGUCCAGCUACUGCCAGCCAAGCUGCUGUGCCCCAGCCCCCUGCCUGACCCUUGUCUGCACCCCAGUGAGCUGUGUGUCCAGCCCCUGCUGCCAAUCUUCUUGCUGUACACCCUCAUGUUGCCAGCAGUCUAGCUGCCAGCCAGCUUGCUGCACCUGCUCCCCCUGCCAGCAGCCCUGCUGUGUGACCCUUUGCUGCAAGCCUGUCUGCUGCACACCCAUCUGCUCUGGAUCAUGCUGCCAGCAGUCUAGCUGCCAAUCCUCAUGCUGUCAAUCCCCCUGCUGUGUGCCUGUCUGCUGCAAGCCUGUGUGCUGCACACCCAUCUGCUCUGGCUCCUCCCCCUGCUGCCAGCCCUCCUGCUGUGCUCCUGUGUGCUGCAAGCCCUGCUCCAGCCUGUCCCUGCUGUGUCGCCCUGUGUGCAGACCUGCCUGCUGUGUGCCCACCUCCUCCUGCUGUGCUUCCUCCUGCCAGCCCAGCUGCUGUGGCCCAACCUCUAGUGUAUCCCUGCUGUGCCGCCCUGCCUGCUCCAAACAGGCCUGCUGUGGACAGAAGUCCAGCUGCUGA